AUGAGAUUCCUUGCCGAAUGGAUGCCAGUGGCCCCGCCCAUGGACGAGGAAGGACUUAAUUUCAAAGAAGGGGCCAGUAUCAAACAAGAGGUCACUAUCAAGGAAGAAGUCAAUAUAACAGACGACUUCAGUACCAGAGAAGUUAAAGUCAAGGAAGAAAUUGAUGAGGAUGUCGGUGAAGAUAACUGGCUGGAAAUAAAAGAAGAAAGCAUCGACUAUGGAGAGGAAGGAAAUUACGAAGUGCGUCUGGCAAACAUCAAAUAUGAGAAUCCGAUUUAUAAUGGUUUUGAGGUCUUUCAUGGUGAAGGAGAAAGGGACUGUGAUACAUCAAUAGGUGAAUAUAAUGGUGCAUUGUCAACAGUGCCAUUUCUGACUGAGAAAGUGAGCUUAUCGGAUAGUGAUCAUUCAUAUAAAGAAAGCGGUCAAGAAGGAAUUUUCAGUUGUGAAGUAUGUGGCAAGAGGUUCCCUUGUAGAAAGAAGUUCAUGGUUCACCAGAGAAUACAUACAAGGACGAAAAACCAUUCUUGUGAUGUAUGUGGGAAGUUAUUCGGACUAAAAGGUAAACUCCUCAUGCACAAAAGAGUUCAUACAAAGGAAAAGCCUUUUACUUGUGAGAUAUGUAACAAAACAUUCAGUUGGCGUAACGGUCUAAGUAGUCACAUGAAACUACAUAGAAAGGAAAGGCGUUUUAAAUGUGAGGUUUGUUUCAAAACAUUCACUCACAAACAACAUUUGGAGAAGCACAUGGUAGUGCAUGCGAAGGAAAAGGCAGUGACUUGUAAUGAAUGUAACAAGAAUUUCUCUCAUAAGGAUUCCUUGAUAGUGCACAUGAGAAUACAUACUAAAGAGAGGCCUUAUAAAUGUGAUGUUUGUUUCAAAGCAUUUUCUCAGAAACACCACCUAGAUAAGCACCUGGGAAUACAUACAAAAGAAAAGUCUCUUAGUUGUGAGGUGUGUGGCAAGAAAUUUUCUCAUAAGAGUACUCUGAUGGUGCACAUGAGAGUACACACAAAGGAAAAACCUUAUAAAUGUGCCAUUUGUAGCAAAGCAUUUACUCAAAAGCAUCAUCUGGAGAAGCACACUGGAAUGCAUGUAAAACAAAAGGCUAAUGGCAGUCAAGUACAGUCAGAGUAG